AUGGCUGUCUUCAGCAUGUAUCUGCGGUUAAUUUUGUUGAUGGUAGCUGCUGUUUUAGUUUUGGUGCCAUGUACUUUGCAUGCUGUGUCAGCAGAGACAAGAGAAACAGAAACAGAAGCAAGUAAAUUUUACAUUCAGAAAGAAGAAUUAAAAGAAACUGUGCCAGAACUGUCUCAGUCCUUAGCUAAAGAGCCCAUUCCCAUAACAGAAAAAACUUUAUCCGAAGACACUGGAACAAUAACAAAAGAUGACUCUUCUUCAGAUGAAGAGGCGGAUAAAGAAAACACUUCACCUCUUAAUCAGAAUUGGCCAGAACAGGUCUUUUCUUCCAUUUCUGAAACUAUGAAAUAUUUAUUUACUACUUUUAUGUCAGAAAUUCAGAAAGAGAUUGACUUGUAUUCAUACAAAGAGGAGGUAAAUAACACAGAGAAUACUGAGUACAAUGAAACUGCCGUCACCAUAAAAGAACCACCAACUAAUGAGACCCAGGCAUCAAACUCCACUUUGGAAGCCAGUUCUUUAAAUGAUGCUGAGAAGAAUGAAUCCUCUUUGACAAAACCUCGAUUUCACUGUACAGGCAAGAAUAUAACUGAAAACAGUACCGGCGCUGUACAAAUGGUAAAUGGCACAACCCUUCUACAGAGGUUAGCCUUCGAGAAUAAUGCCAGUGGUUCUGAAUGCAUCCUAGUUUUUUUCUAUGCUCCUUGGUGCCAUUUUAGUGCCUUGGCUGCUUCAAGCUAUAACACGUUAGGAAGAGCAUUUCCACAACUGGAUAUAAUGGCUGUGGAUGCGGUACAGUUCAGCAACCUUAAUGCUCGAUUUGGUGUUGUUUCUGUUCCAAAUAUAAUAUUCUUCCAUCAAUCGAAGUCAGUUGUCCGCUUUAAUAGUUCGAAAAAAACAUUUGAAAAUAUGGUCCUUUUUGUCAAGAACAUGACAGGUAGGUGCCUGUUUGCUUUUGUUUUGUCAGCUUUUGAUCACAGAAGAAAAGAAUGUUGUCUCUGCAGGCAUUUCUUUUUUUCUUUUUUUUUUAUUUUAAAAUUGCAGGCUGUCACUGUUAAGACAACAAUUUGA